AUGCAGGUCGUGAUUGCCCUUUCCGUACUGAUAGCGGUGGCCAGCGCGCAGACCUAUGCUCCGACCGGUUCCACCGGCACUGUGUCUACGGGCACGCCGCCCCCCAACAACCCACCGACCACAGCAUAUGCCACUACCGGCCCGGUGGUAACGGGUACCGUUCCGGUGGUGACAACGGCCGCUCCAGUGGUCACGACCGCUUAUGCCACUUCCAGUGCCAGCGGCGGCCAGGUGACCACUCAGGCACAGCAAGUAACGACCGGCGCGCAGCAAGUAACGACACAGGCACAGCAAGUGACGACGCAGGCUCAGCAGCAAACUACCACCAAGGGAUCUAUGGGCGGCGGCAGCUACUACAGCGGUUAA